AUGGGAAAAACAUUUAUAGCUGCGGUGGUCAUGUACAAUUUUUACCGAUGGUAUCCAAUGAGUAAAAUUAUAUUUAUGGCACCGACAAGACCAUUAGUUGCUCAACAAAUCGAAGCUUGCCACUCAAUAAUGGGUAUUCCUAGGGAAACAACAUUYGAAAUGACUGGUAAUAUCCCACCUGAACAAAGAUAUUUAGCGUGGAAUAAAUAUAGAGUUUUUUUUCUGACACCUCAAGUUUUGGCCAAUGAUUUGAGCCUUAAUAAAUGUCCAUCAGAUACAUUUAGAUGUAUUAUUGUGGACGAAGCACAUCGAGCUACCAAAGAUUAUGCUUAUGUUCAGGUCUUAAAACGUUUAGCUGAAGAAAACCGAGUAAUUAGAAUUGUCGGAUUAUCAGCUACUCCUGGAACUAAUGUAGAAGCGGUCACUGAGGUGAUACAAAAUCUAAAUAUAUCAAAGUUAGAGUUUCGAACAGAUGAAUCUCCUGAUGUAGCAAAAUAUACAAAUAAAAAGGAUGUUGAAUGUAUAUCAGUGAAACUUACAAAUACUAUCUUGGAUAUACGAACUAAAUUUUUAAUGAUUUAUGAUAAAUACUUAAGACGUUUAAAACAGUACCGUGCCCUAAAUGGAAAUGUUGCUAAUUUAACAAAAUUUCAAAUAUUCAGUGCCAAGCAAAAAUUUUUGACCACUAAUAAUGCCCGUGAUAUGCCAAAAUCUCUUACUGGUAGUUUAAUAAAUGAUUUUACUAUAUGCAUGUCACUGGCAUAUGCUUUAGAAUUAUUGAUAAUUUAUGGUGUCAAAGUAUUUUAUUUACAAUCGUUAGAAAUGAAAGAAAAUCAUAAAUGUUUAUCAAAUGAUGCUGACUUUCAAAAUCUAUUGCACGGUAUUAACAAAGAAUUAAAUUCUCAGGACUUGACUUGGAGUCACCCCAAACUAUUAGAAUUGAAAAAAAUUGUUCAAAACUAUUUUGGAAGCGAAAAUGUAGAAGCAAGUAGCAAGAUAAUAAUAUUCUGUCAGUAUCGGUUGGUUGUAGUAGAAGUAUUUGAACUUUUAAAGACAUUUGGUUCGUCUGUUAAACCUGUUAUGUUUGUUGGUCAAUCUGCUAAAGAAAAAGGUGGUCUGCCACAAAAAAAACAAUUGGAGGUGAUGAGUCGGUUUAAAAACGGAGAUUUCAAUGUAUUAAUUGCUACAAGUGUUGCUGAAGAAGGUCUGGAUAUUGGAGAAGUCGACUUGAUAAUUUGUUUGGAAGCUAACAAAUCUCCAAUAAAAUUUGUACAACGACUCGGCCGAACUGGACGUAAACGAUCUGGAAAAUGUAUUACUUUACUGACUGAAGGAAAAGAACAAAUUAAAUACAAUUCUAGUGUUUCUUCGAGUAAAACACUUGUAAUCAAAAUGUUGAAAAACAAAGCAAUACUUUCUAAGUUAGCUCCUGAAGGACCAAGAUUGGUGCCAAAACAUAUCCAUCCACAAUGUUUAAUGAUUCAUGUAAAAGAACCAGAAGAGCUUUUUCCAGAAAAGAAAAAAAAUAAAGGGAAGAGAAAAGCAGUUGAAAAUCUUAUGAACUAUGUAGAACCUAAUGAUGGUCAAAAUGAAGUAAAUGAAGAUGGACUCGAUGUUUUUCAAAACCAUAUAGAUAAACCGAAAAAGAGAUCUAAAAAACGAAAAACCGUCGAGUUUGAUACAAACGAAAAUGGCUGUACAGGAAUCGGACAACUCAAACAAAAAAAUACCGACCUAGAUUUCGAACAUAAUUCAAAUGAUUGCUAUUAUAACGCACCCGAAAUCAACUCGCAUGGUGUAACCGACAAGACUUUGGAACGCUUUGUCGACGAAGAAAAAGCGUUUAACAAAUGGCUUAAGUCGUGCAUGCAGACCAAUGCUAUUGUGUUGAAUAGCUCAUUUUUAGAACUUUUAAAUUUUUUUACUGACCGUGGCACAUGUGAUGUUGAACUUUUCAACGACAAACCKACAGAAGGCAUGUUUAUGGAGCAAACUGGCGUUUGUAAAAUAUUUAAAGGUCCGUCGGUCAGUACUGAGCGCACGGUCCAUGAAAACGAUCAGCCAAAGAAAAACGCCGAUCGUUCGUUCCGAUUUAGUGUUGAUGUCCGACAAGGUAGUUCACAGGUAGCCAGCACAUCUGCAGCUCGUGAAAUAAACAAUUAUUCGGAAAAUACAGACUCCGAAGACAUGUUCGAUGGAUACAUAGACCACUCGACUGUCAUGCGACCGAUUGGUAAACAAACAUCGGCAAUUUGUGGUGACAGUCACGAUACGAAACCCGACCAAAACAUUCAUACGAGAAAACUCAAUUUCAUUGAUCUAUUCAAAAGUCAACUGGCUGAAACCGAYGAUUUCAUGAAUAAGAAUACGAGUUUCUCAGUACGGCCGCCCUCUGUAGAUAACGACGAUGGCAGUCGUUCGAACGAUCUUGUCGUAAACUACGUAGAUGACGACAAUUCCUCAUUAGAUAUUGAGACUGGAACUGUUAUACGUGACGAUAACCUAGAUGAMGAUGAUGAAGUCACGGGAGAACUUGAUUUCGAAGAAUUAUUCAAGAGUCAGAGGACCGAUAGGCUCAUCGAAAAGUACACCGAAGAAAUCGUCUCUGAACGACCUAAAAUGGAUCAUUCGGCAGCAGUCAUUAGUGGCGGUGCUAAAAAAAUUGAAACGUGCCAUGAGGGAAAAAUUGACGACGAAGUAAUGUUUGASAUUACAGAGAUUCAGAGAUCCAAUAAUUGUAUGGAAAAGAACAUUUCCGUCGGACGACAGAACGUUGAUCGAUCGAUCGCCAUCGAUGGCCGAAAGAGUCCUGUCGUAUGUGGUGGGAAGAAAAAGGCUGUUAAAUCCGGUCAUCAGUCAACCGGAAAAAUGGAUUUCAGUGUAUUGUACAAGAACCAAAGAUCUGAUGGGUACAUUGAAGACUUCAUGGUGAGAAAAAUAGCACCCAGAGUUCGGCCGUCGAAUACAGUCGAUCGCGUAUUACUCGACGUCGAUGAUGACCAAGAUAAAAAUGGCAAAUUGAUGGAGAACAUUGAUUCCGAAAAACUCUGCAAGGAAAAAAGCACCAAAUCAUCCUCAAAACUAUCGAACGUCAAUCGAUCGAUCAUAAACGGUGGCCGGAAAAGUCCAGUCGUAUGUGGUGGAACGUUGGGUAAAGUCGACUACGAUGCACUGUUCAAGAGCCAACGGGCCGACGAAUACAUCAAAGACAACACUGAUAAGACUGUAGCAAAAGAAGCCGGAGUGRCGGAUGGUUUGCCUGGCUCGGAUGCUUGGGUUGACGACGACGAUGACGACGUUAUUUUCUUAAACAGUUCUCAAGAAUUUUUCAGUUGCAGACCGCCGAAGAAGACUACCCAGACGAAACUGACGGGUCAUGUUCGUGUUGACCGCCCCAUCGAAAUCAUCGACUUGUCAUCGCCGCCACUAARCUCAUCGUGUACCGCAACCGCAUCCGCCAUCAGUGGUUCAAUUGCAAAAGACAUGAUUCCGACUGGCAGCGUCUCGAAAUCAGGUGCUGGCGUCAAUGGUCUGCUGCAGUUGAACGACGACGAAGACAUGGAUUUUAUGUUCAUCGAUUACAACARUGACGGUGAUGCUGCUGUAGACGUUUUUACGCAGAAACACAGGAACGGUGGUGAUGCAGAAAUUUUCACUCAGAAACAGCCGGAAAGCGGUGAUGCAGACAUUUUCACUCAGAAACAGCCGGAUGAUGGUGAUGCAGACGUUUUCACGCAAAAACACCGGGACRACAGUAAAGUGGAUUUGUUCACUAAGAAUCAACGGGACGGCAGCGGGACGACGGCCGCGGUCAGUCUUCCAUUAUCCUCCCACGUUUCUGCAACGAAACCGGCGCUUAAGGGUGACGUGACMAAGCGCGCCAGUAACUCCACACAAUCAUACGACAACGGCAUGAUGCCAUUCAACAUCAUGAAAGCUGCACGAUUAGUUGAUUUGCUUAAGCCGGGUUUGAGCAUGAAGAGGAACAUGACUGCGUCUAAACGAAAAAGCGACAGCGGCUCGCCGGGGGUUGCACUGAAACGACAAGUUGACAAAGGAUGCACCGCGGCGGCAUCUAARCGAAAGGUCGACAACGGCUCUCCGGUGGUUGCACUGAAACGACAAGUUGACAAAGAAUGCACCUCGGGGGAGUUCAAACGACAGAACGACAACGGCUCGCCGUUGGUUGCGCAUAAACGACAKGUCAAUAUCGCCUCGCCAGUGUCGAUGUUCAAACGAAAAGUCGAAAACGGCUCACCGGUGACAGGGAACAAACGACGAUUUGACAGCGGUUCGAUGACGGCGUUGGAGUUGAAAAGAAAAACCGGCCGAAGUCCAGCCGACAUGUCGCCCAUACAUCCUCCGAAUCGUCAGCGGCAGCGUCCUCAGUUUUCGCAGUCUACUCCUAAAGUUUCCGUGAACCCGAAACAACGACGACAAGAAGCCGUCACCACCUUGGCCACCACAGUCACUACCACUAGAAAGGUCAACUCUUUGUUGACGUCUAGCAGUGACUCUGACGCUUUCGUCGGCUACGGGUGCGUCGAAAAUACUACCAGCCCGCGCCGCCGUAUGAAGAAAAAACGCCGAAGGAAACCGAAAAAGAAACUCUUGUUUAUCGAUGACGAAGCCGAUGUCAGCAAUUGCUACGGCGACGGUACCAAUUUCAGCAAGACUAGCUCMGACAACGACGAUGAUGAUGACGAUGACCAAAACGAUUUCGAUUCCAGUUUCAUUGAUGAUGAUCAUGAAAAGUCCGAUCCCUCGAAGAGUAUGACCAAACAGUAUUUACAAUCGGUCAAGUAUGCGUCACUCAGUCGUUGGUUUAUGAGACCUGUUAUUAUUUUAACUCAAUGUAAUCGUGUUAAUCAAUAUCCGUUAUCUCGGUCUAUACAGGAUUCGUUUUGUGUGGAAGACGCGUCGGACCUGAACAGCACGUUGUCGACGACCAACACGAGCGAGCAUCGGACGUCGGACGAACGGCCGUCACGGAAGCGGAAGCGCAUARUAUUGUCGCCGCGAAGUACGGACAGUAGCGACGACAGCCCCGUCCACCAGUUCCGCCGGAAGCGCGGCAGGGCGAAGACUUCGCUGGACUUCAGUUGAUCACUGCGGGCGACGAAUACCAGAUGUAAUCUCGUCGGUGGUAUCCGCAUCCAUAUUAUAUAUUUUAUAUUCGUUAUUUUUUUUCGCUCAUUUUUACUCGUAGCGUUUUUUUUACUGUACCUACCGUUUGCCGCCUCGCCGACCACCGGAAAUGCGAUACUUGUCCGUGAUCUCGUAACUCUGUAUACUAUUACGACGAAUCACAGGCACGACUGACUGCGUACCGCGAUCGGUUAUAGCUUAGGUUUUCUAUUUAUUUAAUUUUUUUUUCGUAGUUUGACUGCACCACACACCUCCUAUAUUAUUACUCUUAUACAUCAUAUUAUACCUAAAAUAAAUGUUUGUUUUUAAAUUUUUUAAACACAUAUUUAUUUGUUGUACCUAUAUAUUUAUUUGUCAUUAUUAACAUGAUAUAAUGGAAAACGGAUACCCGUACUUGACGUUUUGAUUCAAGUUUUAAUGUGAUAAUAAAUAAACUUUUAAAGCGACGACAAACAAGUUUUCACAAUUUAUUUCAGAUCCAGAGCGGAGUGGGCGAUUCAUAUUUGUUAACAAUUAUAUUGCGAGUUUUAUGUUUUGGGCACGUUUUUGAGCAGAAUGAUUUGCUUCAAUCGA